AUGAUUGCCAACCCCUCCCUUCAACAUCACCACUCACACGACUCUUCCUCUUCGUAUCGAUCCGGCAGCCGAUCACGACGCUCCACCACCCCGCGAGCGCAGCGUACAGCAGAACUCGCCGACUUCAGCAGCAACCACAGCUCUGCGACGUGGUCACACGAGCCUGCAUCUGCAUCGGCUUCAGAGUCAACUUCUACUCCAGUGCCUGCGGGUCACGAAACCGCCCACGUGUCGGCCACUGGAGGAGCCUCACGCUUCCCCUCCCCGCCUCCAUCCUCAUCGCCCGCUGCUGCCACCGGCCCUGUUUGUGCCGAUGAUGCAAAGAGUCCGUCUAUGGCAUCUGACGCGAGGGACUCUGGUCCCCUAGGUCACGCUUCUCAGCCCGGCCCAAUUUCUCACAACUCUUCUGCUCAACAACCAUCUCCUGCAUCCGACGACUUCCAAAUACCCAACCCUUCUUAUCCUCUCUCCAGCGCAUCGUCGCAACCGCCAGAGCAGACUGUCAUACACAUCCGUGAUCUAGCGCAUAUCCAGAGUCUGGCCAGCGCCGACCUGCUAUCUGGUAAUGGCGGAACCGGCAUCCUCAAUGAUCCGCCUCUUCAGCAGAUGAAGUAUGAGAUUAGUGGUAUGCCCAUAGGGGAUAUCAUCGAGAUGGUUGCUGCGCUACUAACAAAGAUCACGACCACCAACGAUUUGCAGCACGAUGCAAUGCAGCGUAAUGUCGCUCAUCAACAACAGGCCAAUCAGUCUGGUGACAACAGUGGCAGCUCGAUCUCAUCACUGAAUCAUUCAGUUCUGGCCUUCCACGGCAAGAAUGUUCCUGCUAUCACCAUUCUCAGCUACCUCUCAAGAAUACACAAAUACUGCCCCACUACCUACGAGGUUUUCCUCAGUCUGCUGGUAUACUUCGAUCGUAUGACCGAACGUGUUAACGAUAUGGUCAUGAAGAAUGAAGAGAACCGACGGCAAACGCGAUCCCAGCAGCCGAACGCAACUUCUCCUCAAGACACUCCUAUGCGCGGUGAAGGCAUGGAUGUGGAUGAGAGCGACUCGGACCUAGCAGACGACGACGACGAUGAGGAAAUGGCUGAUUCAACUCGACCAAGCCGGACAAGCAGCCAUAAGGGAGCUGCUACCCCUACUGAACACAGUGGUAUUGCAGCGGCGACAUACUUUGUUGUCGAUAGUUUCAAUAUACACCGUCUCAUCAUCUCUGGUGUGACGUGUGCAAGCAAGUUCUUUUCAGAUGUUUUCUACACCAAUUCAAGAUAUGCCAAGGUUGGUGGUCUACCUUUGGUUGAACUAAACCACCUCGAGCUUCAAUUUCUGCUCCUCAACGAUUUUCGAUUAGCCGUUCCAGUGGAAGAUCUGGAAGCGUAUGCGACUAUGCUUGUCGAGUUUUAUGCACGAGAAGUAGUGGCCAAACAGGGGGGAACUGGAAAUACUGAGUGA